CUGAAAGUGUUGAAGAAACUGCAGGGAAGUCUGAAAGUGUUGAAGAAACUGCAGGGAAGUCUGAAAGUGUUGAAGAAACUGCAGGGAAGUCUGAAAGUGUUGAAGAAACUGCAGGGAAGUCUGAAAUUGUUGAAGAAACUGCCGGGAAGUCUGCAAGUGUUGAAAUUGCAGGGAAGUCUGAAAGUGUGGAAAUUGCAGGGAAGUCUGAAAGUGUUGAAAUUGCAGGAAAAUCUGAAAGUGUUGAAAUUGCAGGGAAGUCUGAAAGUGUUGAAAUGACAGAUAUGUGUGAAGAUGUUGAAAUGGCAGACAAAUCUGAAAAUGCUGAAGGGACUGAUAGGUCUGAAAAUGCUGAAGCAACUGAUAGGCCUGAAAAUGCUGAAGCAACCGAUAGGUCUGAAAAUGCUGAAGCAACUGAUAGGCCUGAAAAUGCUGAAGCAACCAAUAGGUCUGAAAGGGCUAAAGCUACCAAUAAGUCUGAAAAUGUUGAGACCACAGAUAAAUCUCAGAAGGCAGAGACUGGAAAAGUAGAUGUCCCGGAGAACAGAGAAAAGCCAAAUGCGCCAGAAAAUACAGACAACACAGAUGUACAGGACAGUGACAAAACAGAAAAGCUAGAAAAAAUGGAUAAGACAAAUGAUCCGGAAAAGAACAGACAAAACAGAAGAACUAAAGAAAACUAACGUGUUAGAAGAGUCAAAAAUAAUGAGAGAGACGGAUGAGGCAGAAGAUUUGGAAAAAUUCGGAAAGACUGACAAGGCAGAGUCCACAACAGGGGAGCCAAGAAAGGAAGAGAAGCCAAAAGGGGGUGUGGAGAAAGUAAAGACAGAAGACUCGGAGGAAGAAAAAACUGGUGUAGCUGUAGAAGAAAGAAGCAGGCAAACUAAAGAUGUAUCAGAGGACAAAAGCGGAUCUACAGUGGAAGCAAUGGAGACAAAUGAAGAUGAAGAGAAGGAAAGUGCCGACUCAGCAAUGACGAAUGGACAUAGUGAAGAGACGAAUGGUGUUGCUAAUGGUGAUUCUGUGCCAACACAGAAGUUAAAAGUGAAUGCUCUGGAAAGACUGCAAAAGAAGUGAAGUCGCCCAUAAAGGAAGUAGAAGCAAACUCCAGAGUUAAAGCAAAUGGUGAAGAGCCAGAGAUAUCCAAAGAAAAAGAGGAAAAAG